AUGAGUGUGAUUAUAUUAAUUUUAUUCAUUAAAGAUUUUGAUAUUAAUUCUCGAAAACAGAGGGAAAAUGCAUAUUUAAAUAGAAGCUUUUUAAUUAGGAUAUUAUUUAUAUAAAUCUUUUAUCAAAAGAGCAGCGCAUUAAUGGACGAUAUUCCUGAUUUUAAAGAAGAACAAUAGCCAACUGGCAAAGACAUAUAAAUUGACAAUUACAAUGUCUCUUAAUUUAAAAACUUUGGGCUUAAAGAGGAGCUCUUGAGAGCAGUUAAAGAAGCUGGAUUUGAGCAUCCAACAAGAGUCCAAGCUGAGUCAUUGACAAAUGCUUUGUUAGGGGAAUAAUUGAUCUGCUAAGCAAAGGCUGGAACUGGAAAGACUGCUGUGUUUGUGCUGACCGUGUUAAAUACUAUAAAUACAGAAAGUAAUAAAGUUGAAUGCCUCGUAAUUACACAUACAAGAGAGUUGGCCCAAUAGGCCCGAGAUGAAUUUUUGAGAUUGGGAAAGUUUAUGAAAAGCGUGAAAGUGGAAUGCUUCUAUGGUGGAGGUGAACCUGUAUCUGUGAAUAUCUAAACUAUCGAGACUGUGAAGCCAUAAAUAGUAGUUGGUACUCCAGGACGUCUUAAGGAUCUGAUUUGCGAGAGAAAAGCAUUGAAAGUGGAUAGAUUGAAGUACUUUAUCUUGGAUGAAGCCGAUACAAUGAUUGAAGAUUUGAACAUGAGAAAGGACAUUUAGGACAUCUUUUUAAAGUCACCAUAGGAGAAAUAAUUUAUGGCAUUUAGUGCAACAUUCACAGAAUCAAGUAGAACAUCAUUGAAAAGAUUUAUUGCUGACAAUAAACAUAUUUAUGAAAUUACUAUUAAACCAGAAUAACUCUUUUUAGACAAAUUAAAGCAAUAUUAUAUGAAGAUGCCAGAAGCACUCAAAUUCCAUUAUUUGAGAUAAAUCUUAAACACCUGCAAACUAAACUAAUGCAUAAUAUUUGUUAAGAGUUCUGAGAAGGCUGAUGCUUUGGUCACUGAACUAAAGAAGAAGGGGGAAGAGUCUGUUAGACAACUAUAUGGUGGUAAUAGACUAGGUCCUGAUCAUUAAAAAAUGAGAUAAAAAACCUAUGAAUAAUUCAGAAAUGGUCAUUUCCGAUUGUUAGUGGCUACUAACUUGAUGGGAAGAGGUAUUGAUAUUGAUAAAGUCAAUUAUGUUAUCAAUUUUGAUAUGCCUGAUUCUUUGGAGACCUAUUUGCAUAGAGUAGGAAGAGCAGGAAGAUAAGAGACUAAUGGUGUUGCUAUCUCAUUCGUUAAAUCAGAAGAAGAAGCAAGUGAUGGAAAAAAAUAAACAGAUGACGAAGUCUUAUAAUAAAUCCUUAAACAAUAUCCUGAUAAGUUAUAAUAAUUGCCUUAAGAUUUGUCUACAUUAGAUAAGUUCUGAAAAUGAUAGUAUUAAAUAAAAUAAAAAAUAGUAAAUUCAUCAGCUUAUAAAAA